CCUAAGAACAUGAAAAGAAUGACGGAGCAGACAAAGAUUUUGUUCGUUUUUUUUGUUUUUUGUAACGCUGACCAGAAAUUGAAAGUAUUUACAUCCUCUGCAUGCCUCGGCGUUCUUUCCUGACCUGCCUCUUUCAAAAUGGUUGGAUGGACAAGUACUGUUCAGGUAAUCACUUUACUCUUCAAAUGUUGGCACGAUAGAAUCCUUUUCAGCUCCCACUUGGCUCUGCAUAAAACAUUAACAACAACUCAACACUAAGCGCAUGACAACUGCUUUACUGGAACAGUCCUGAGGUUCACCUUGUUUAGGGUGCUGUCUCUCAGAGGUGCAGUUAGAUUAUUUUAGACUGGAUUUAAUCUUCCCGGGCUGUGUGUGUUGCUUUUUAGAAGACAAUGUGCAUUUCUUUACUUAUUCAAAAUGUGUUAAGCCAGCUGUACUGCGUUUAGGGGCCCUCUUGCUCAUUCUUCUGAAUGAAGCCUGGACUUCUGCCCCAAAGGGCUCCCUGAGGCACCUCUGCUGUCCCUUGCAACAGCUAACCCUGCCUUUGGGAAGCUCAUAAACAGAGCCUGAAGCUCUCUCUGUUCGUCGAUUGCUCAUCCCCAGCACUGGGUACUCACCGUAUACUGUUCUGAACCAUUGUGACUAAUAGUCAGGAGCUAGUGAGACUUCUCUAGGAAAUAACUUUGUUGCCAGGCUUGCCCAUACCAUUGUUCUCUUGUAAAUGUUAUUGAUAGCCACUAUUCACUGUUUGUUCCCCUAUCUUCUUCUUACCCUUCUUUUGCUGCCUCCCCCAUGUCUAAUUUGAUUGCACAUUUGUUGAGGUAAGAAACCAUCACUUUGUUUGUUACUCACUAAAUCACUAUGCUCAUUUAUAGUAUUCUCUCUCUCUCUCUUUCUCUCUCUCUCUCACACACACAAGUUCAACUUGUAAAGGCCCAAUAUAUGCAGCCUGUACUAACCAUUGUUGAGAGGGAUUGUACCUUAUCAGACCUUUGUGAUGUACGUACUUGCAUGUGCACCAUUUUGAUACCUUGAAUUCAUGGAGGAGGCAAAGCAGCCAUUGCACAAUCCUGCUGUCCGAUGAUACAUUUACUUGCGCAUUUUCAAUUAUCUGCAAUUAGUUGAAGCACGUACAAUUUGCAGGCCACUAAGCCAAACACAGACCAACAGCCAUGUAUUGUGGCCUGCUAGGUGCUUGAGCCCUGCAAACCCAUCUUUGCAGUCUCAGGCAGCAGUAAAACCAGGAGGUUUAUCUUGUCCCUGGACUCAGCUAUAAAACCUUUUAAGUGUGUUUUAAGUGCAAUAUACAAUGGGACACUAGGUGGCGAUGGUGAGCCUUAUGGAAAAGUCAAUGUAUUUUUUCAAAAUGCUUUUAAAAAGGCAUUUCCAGCAUAGUUUUAAUAUGUGUGUAGAUUCCACCCCUUUUGGCUUCCAUAUAAGGCUGCAUUUUGCUUGCCGCAGUAGCAGUUAGGACUCUGAAGUUUUUUACAGUCAAGCAAUGUAUAACUUUUAUGAAAUAUUAUGGGAUUAAGUUGUAAUAAACCUGGUAUAGGCCUUAAAACAGGCAACCCUAGAUCUUAUUAUGCUACUGUCUUUGAGUUACGCAAAGUUCUUGACCACACAAUGUUCUGACUUGCUUGCCUUUUCUUUUCUGAAGAAUAUUUAUGCAACAAAUUCAAAUCUAGUUCCGAUAUUGCCUGUGGGUACUCCUAGAAAAAACCAGAAGCCACACAUGCAUCUUUCAGCCUUUGCACAAACACGGUAAGCGCAUGCGCAGCCGCAGGCAAUUGUGCAUGUAGACUACCAGCAUCUGGGCCUCUGCCUUACACAUCCAUGGCCCAAGACAGGGUCGACGACUAUGCAAACAAUACAUUAAGAGAAGCACUUGCUAAUGUGUUAGAAGAUGCAUUAUAGAUGUGUAGUCAAACGGAAUGACAAGUAAAGGAUAACAAUACAAUCUGUUCCUAGUAACCUUAUGGCUGCACAGAAGGGAAUACUGAGCUGCAUGUACCAAUAUGCUGAUGAUAUUAUUAAAACGAUUAUUCAUUCAGCUGAAGGGUAACGAAUUGAGACAGGCAUGAAAAAGACUUUUACACUUUUGCAAGGUGCAAUAAAUUCAGACUUCCGUUUCGGUCAGUUAGCCUCCAGAUUGUAAAAGAUCACAAUAGCCUAGGUAGGCUUAUGUUGGCAAAGCAGAAGAGUUAAGUUGCUGGAAUAGCUUCACUGAACUGAAUACAUUCAGUUAUCUUUCAGGAGAAGCUUUUCAAGAAGUCACUUUAUCCUGUCUUGAAAUCUUUAUCUAGCAAAUAAAUCCUCUCCCAGGUCAAAAUGAAAAGGGGAAAGACCUUUUCUCAUGGGUGUCAGGACCAACACCCUGAUAACUGCACCCACACCUAUACUUUGGGCUUGCCCCUGUUGACAAACUGUCAAACUUAAGCUUCUCAAGAUUAGCUCACUUGAACCUUGGCAGGGGGCAUGUGGACACACCACACGCAACAUUCCUCUCUGUGCUGCCUCCUCCUAUACCACACGAAGUUUUGAAGGCUCAUGGUAACUGCAUUGAGUUGAACAGGGUUAGAAUUCCCUGCGGUCAGACUCCGGAUCAGAGGGAGCAUGCCAGCUGAAUCUCCCUGCAGAUCUUUGUGAUCAAUGUGCAAAUGGGAGAGGAAGGGCAGGGUGGCACAAACGGGAGGCAGACCCAGCAUGCGCACGGCCACAUCCCCAACCCUGCCUGUGCCCUCAUGCAUUCUUCUCAGUGCUUGAAGUGGGAAUUGACUGAGCUGUCUCUUUUCAGCAUGUGUCAAUUUCACAACUGUUCCUUUCAUUUGAGUGCAACCAGGCAGCUGGAGCUAGCUCCCAUUUUUAUUUCCCCCAGUGCCCUUGAACUAGCGUCACGCUGAGGAAAUGUGGUAAAUUUAAAGAGUGCCGAGACUCAGCUGCCCAGCACUGCCACCAUGGCCAGGUGUCCACUGACAGAGGGAACACACCAGGGUACACUUGCUUUAAUGUACAUGGCAUUUAAAUGCACAUUGUCAUACUUUGCAUGUAACCAUUUGGCAGAACAGGGAGCCCCUAAAGAUGGCCAAAGUACCACGAGGCAGUCAUUUGCAACAUCUUGACAAGCAACAUGAAGAACUGCACCACACUUCAGGUGCAAAUGUCUGACAGAAUAGUCACUUGUAUUGAACCCAACAAAGAAUUUACUGAAUAGUUGCAUGCACAGUGUGGCAAGCUGGUAAUUGGUUGUCUGUGUUCAGCUAUCGCUGUCAGAGGUUUUAUACAACCUCAGAAAAUAUAAAUAGUCCUUGGAGAAUCAUGGAAUACAAUAGAUGCAAUUCCUAACAUGAAGGUUUGUAGCUCAGGGUGGAAUGAUCUGCCUGAAGAUCAAAUUCCCCCUCCUCCUUCAUGCUGCUUACAUUGUUGGGUCUUUUUAAAACAUUUAUUUUAGCUUUUUGUUUUGUUUUGUUUUGUUUUGUUUUGAAAAUGUAUAACGCAAACUGCACCAUUGAUGCUGGCACAGAAAUCCCAUGGGCAAUUUCCUGGAAGCAAAAGAUUUCAGGUGAUACAGUCAUAGCAGUGGAAAGUGACUGCAAAAUAAUGUUAUUAUUUGGGGGGGGAGUAGACUGUAAGUGAGAUCUAACACCAGGAUACCGCAAGUGUUAAAAUAUAGGCCAGGUUAGCUUUCUGUGUUGAGGUGAUAGCCUGGGUGAUAGGCCACUAUGGGAAGGGAAGGGGAGAGGGGAGAAGGGAGAGGGGAGAGGGGAGAGGGGAGAGGGUGAAGGGGAAAGGAAAGGAAAGGAAAGGAAAGGAAAGGAAAGGAAAGGAAAGGAAAGGAAAGGAGCCCUGCAUGAGACAGCAAAUGGCUGAGGUCACGGUUACUUAGGAGACCAAAGCCAGAGUUUGGAGUUGAGUUGCAGUGAUGUGCACUAGAAGCAAAGCAGCAAUCUGGGGAGCAAGAGGCAGAGCAAUGAUUGAUUUCUGUUUGAAUCCAAGACUAUGGCUAUGGGAGAAACAAGACCCUUUUGGGAGAAACAAGACCCUCCAUCGCAGGCUCAGGUUGUAUAUACGUAUGUGUAAAUGAAUCAUAUAUCAUAAAGACAGCACAAUCUCCGCUGUGCCUCACUCCCAAAGGAAACACGAACCCCGAGUAACUGCCUGAAAGCCCUGGAAUCUAGCACCGUUUGGAGACUGGGGUGAUGUGCAAUAAUAAUUUAAUCCAACCCACUGCCCUAAAACAUCAUUAGCUAACACCAGGAUUACAUGAUCCUGCGUUGUAUCUGAAGAUCAAAUGCAUGAGGAAAUUAGGCAGAAACAAGCCUAGGAAGGGAAUUCAGAUGAGAGAGAGAAAUUAAUCACCACCGAAACAAGAUAGUUAAUUGUAUAACUUACUAUGCAAUUGGGCACUGAAGCAACAAGUAGGGGAGCAGAAUGUGUUUAGAAGUGUCUGUCUUCUAUGGGGAUUCUGAGCACCUGAAGAGGGCUUAAGGCUGCAGUUUUAGGCAUACUUGGUUCUUAGCUAGGUUUCAUUUAUCUCCAAGAGGUUUCUGUAAUAGCAUAAACAUGUUUAGAACUAGGUUUUGAGACUAGAAAGCCUCCAAUUAAAUAUUUAUUUCAUUCCAUUUAGGAAUUGCAUCCAUAAAAUAUAUCAAAGCAAUUCCACAGUAACAACAGUCAACAAUGAAACAAUGAAAAGGGGUUUCAUUUAUACAAGCAAUUAAUAACAAUUUCAUAUAUGAAAAGAACAAAAAGAAAAAAACCUAUUUCAUAUUCGAAAACAAUUCACAUCCUGUAGAGAUGCCAACUGGAAUAAAGGUCUCCAUUAAAAGGCUUGCUGAAAGAUCUUCAAUAGGCAAAAGACAAUACACUCACUGUCCCACAAAAAUGCAUAAAUCAAAAUUACAGUGUGCAAGAAAAGUGCUAGGAAAAUGCAUUUCAAGACAUAAACAGCUGCUUGCUGGUUCCGACAUGGCGUCAUCUAGCCCACAUUGUUUUGCAGGGGCUGGCCCUUCCAUUAGGCAGUAUGAGACAGCUGCCUUUGGGUGUCACGAAAGUGCAACAAAUUCUUAGUUAUUUAAUUUACCAGGAUUGUAUUUUUAUAGCCAGGGAAGUGGAGAGGUGCUUGUGAGAUUUUCUGUCUCAGGUCUCACAACCACUAGCCUUAGAUACUUAUGCACUUUGACUUUCGAGGCAGGGAAAUACAAUUUGCUCCUCCUCCUCUGGAUUCAAGAUGUCUUGGACCAGCCUUGGUUUCUACCAGUGACCAGCCAGGUGGCUUUGGAACUUGUGUCUUGGUGUUUUCCUCCAUCUCUGUCUAGAGAUCUUUUAAAGGCCAUUUAAGCUGCCUUGCAGGACAUCUUCAGAGAAGAAAAGGCUAAAGAGUAAACCCUACACAAAUCUGGAAUCCCUAAGAUGAUUGGAUGGUGUCUUGUAUGCCUUCUUCUGGCAACUCCUGCAGCCAAGCUGGGCCAAACAUAUUGCUCUGCUUUCCUUUGGACCACAUCAGUGAGGCAAAGGGGAAGGGCCUUGUCAUCCGGGCAGCCCAGGAACCUCCCUCCAUGGCUUCUGCCCAAAAUAGCUAUGGCCAACCAGCAAAACACAAACAAAUAAGGGAGCACAAUAAAAAUAAAAAUCCUUCCAGUAGCACCUUAACGACCAACUAAGUUUGUUACUGGUAUGAGGUUUUGUGUGCAUGCACACGAAAGCUCAUACCAAUAACAAACUUAGUUGGUCUUUAAGGUGCUACUGGAAGGAUUUUAAAUUUUUUUUGUUUCGACUACGGCAGACCAACACUGCUACCUACCUGUAAAUAAGGGAGCAGACAAACUCCGGCUGUUUGGAUAGCUGAAUCAGUCAUUUGUGUCAUAAGGUUUGGGUAUAAUUCUUUGUGUUCAGAUAACAGAUGUCAGAUAAUGAAUGUUCCAAUAGCAGGACCUGCACGUAUAAAGCUGUUUCAUGUGUGCACAUAGACAGUUCAAAUAUUACAUUUGAGACUUCUGGGUAGUGCAUAGUAUGACUCUGUCUUACCAACUUUUCUAGCAUCUUUGCUGAGUGAAUUGCCUCAAAGAUUUGUUCCUUUCCUUAGGAUAGUAGUUAAUUGAUAAGCUGAGAGUGCAUUUCUUUUAUAAGCUAUUUGCACAUUUUAUUGGGCAUUAAAUGACAUCAUGGUACCGAAAUGAAAAUGAGCAUUUGUAAAUAUGCUUUGAGAUUAAAUAAAAGCUCCGCAUUAACAGCUUAAAUAAAUUACCUGUUUCUUUUUAGAACAUUCACGUGAGGGCAAAAGAGGUAGUAGAUAGUGACACUGAAUGUCAAAUCAGUCCUGCAAGUGAUACAUUUCAUACUUUUUGUUUUGAUGCCGUUACAUGCUCCCCACUUCCCUAAGUGGUAGGGGGUUCUGGGCCAACAUUACAAGGUUUAGAAGUUUCCUUUGGAUGAGAAAGCCUUCUGGAGAAGAUGGGUAUCAUUUUUAGAGUAGUUGCUUAUUUACAAAUAUACAAGCAGAGCAUGUUGGAAGCAAAGAUGCACUCCGACAGCAGGCAGCAAAUCCCAGAAUCGCAGCACACUACACAAAUUUUCACGGCAAUUUCUAGCCAGCUCCAACUAGAACUCUCUCUGUGUCAGUUCAAAUGCCAAACCUACACCCCUCUGUAUCUGUGCCUCUCUCUCUCUCUCUCUCUCUCUCACACACACACACACACAUGCAAACACAGUCUUUUUCUCAAACCCCACACAUGCAGGUAUAUUGCCCAUUUGGAGAACUAUCAGUAGCCAUUAGCAAUCUUUUGUCAACACUCUGAUCACCAUUUUUCAUUGAGACCAGGCUAGUCGAAUUCACAGCAAUACUUAAUUUUCUUCAAUCUUUUAUUUCCAUUUUCUUCAAAUUAUGUCUUCUGACUAGCUCAGGUCUGUGCAACUUACAGCUCUCAAAGUUGAACUCAGCCCAUCAACCAUAUUGCGUGGCAUUCCAGGGUCCUGAACGCUUCUCACAACCCAAAUCUCACUGUAUCUCACUCCUAGGAAGGCAGCAAAAGCUGUUGUUGGACAAAUUUUGUGGUUGGUGGGUCACAAAUUAUGCAAGUCUGAAAUAGGAGAACCAGGUGUUGAAGACUCUGAAUGAGACACUUUCCAUUACUGCAAAUGGAAAUGGAAUAUGUGAAGCUAUUGUGAUUCUGAGGACUAUGGUCAAAUCCAAACAAACCAAUAGGGAGAUAGCUUGUCUCUAGCACAGGAUUUCAACCUCUCAUUUCUGAGUCACAGUGCUUGCUGAUUACACUGAAACUGCUUUUAAAAUGCAUUCACUGGACAAGGUCCAAAGGCUGAAGCUCCAUGUAUGUUUCUAUGAGCACCAAGAUGAAAAAUGGUGAGAUAUCUUUAAAAAUGUAGUAAACAGUAAUAAAUAUUUGUAAAAUCAAAGUAGGGUUUGGAUAGGUAACCUUUGUUCCAUAAAUACCAGCUACCUGGCACAAACUAGGGGAAAUGCUAUCUAAAAUCCCAAAUGAAUUUUUUUAAAUUUAAGAUAUUUGUUAGGUGUGUGUGUCAAUAUACAUUUUAUGAAAGAGUUAUGUGUGUGAUGGCAGGUAGAUAAAGCUGCUAAUUCACAUGCCUGCCUCCUGCAAGAGUCCUACUAGUCCCAGAGAGAUGCUCUGUGUGCUGCUUUGGAAAGCAGUCAUAAGCAGUGCAACACUGAUUUCUCUAGCAUGGUACAGUUGUGCCCUCUCCUGCUCUGCUCUUUUAACAAACGAAGUUGUCUUUGUGACACUGGUUCACCUUUAAGAAGUAUGUGCAUAGCGGAGGUGAUGCUGACUUUGUAUAACAUAGCUAAGUAGAUCUCCUUUUGGCUCCUUCCAUCUUCAUGAUUUUUCUAUUAUUUAUCCCUGACAGGUAGGCUUGAUUUUGUUCACCCUGGCACAAUUAACAUGUAGAUCCUGCUCACAUCCCCACAUGCAAGUCACACAUCACAAAAUAUAAGUAGAAUUGCUGUCUCAAACUUGGGACCUUUCCAUCUGUGGUUGAAGCAGGAAACAAAGCAGCCAGAGUUCUUCCAAUCUGUUCCUGUACUGAACUUGUUGUCCAGAUCCAUUCUUGCUUGCUGAGAUGGGCAUCACCCCAGGUUACUCCUAUAUAGCAAGUGACCAAGGUACAGUGUUAUGGCCCAAGGUUAGUCAUACUGCAUGUAUAAAUUAUGUACAUUAAUCAUGUGCCUUUGGAUUAUAUGUUUCAAAUCUGUAUCUUUUUAGAGUUUUCUUUCUCUCUAAAUAGUACCAGAAGAGUUCUCUACUGGAACGUGAUAGUGGUCCAUCUUAAUUUAAGUGGGAAACAAACAUCAUAAACUUUGAAUUAAGAACCCCGGAUUCAACAAGGAUAAAUUAAUUAUCGCAUACUAUAAUUCAUAGGUAAAUCCAUAGUGCCCUACAAUUAAUGUACACAAAGUAUUGGAGGGUUACAAAGGGUACAGACCAUGAAAUUAUACUCAUAUACUCAAUUAACACUCACAUCACAGUUAAUUAUGGUGAGGACAUUUUAACAAUGCCCUUUUCAACCACCUUGUGAAGGUUCCUUGAUAUGUGUGAAAUAAAUGAUCCCCCAAGGGUGAUUAAGGAAGGUCUCUCUUAAGUUUGCCGAUGCUGACAACUUUUCUAAUGGAUGUUAUCAAGCAUGGAAUGGCAGCAUACGGCCAUUUGACUGGGUGGAGGGAUCAGCCAGUCCUUCAGCAUCGAUUAUCUGCUUACUGGCAUACACACAAAGAAGAAACAUUCUUAUGUAGCAGAAGCUUUUAAUGACCUGAAACGUGAAGUUCCAUUGAUUAGGACCUAUUAACAGAAGCAAAUUGAAAAUCUGAAGGUGGAUUGUGUAUGUGUGCUUUGAAUUGUGCUCCUGGAAAGCGGUUGGAGAAAUGGCUUCCAUGAGAAACAACAGUUCACAAGUCAAUCCAUGCUUGUAGCAUCAUAUUGAAAAGUGCUGAAAGCUGGGAGUUGAUAAAUGGCAUUGGCCAGGUUGAGAUGGCGAAGCAGCCAGUUCCCCCUUCUAUGAUGGCCACAAUUUGGCCUCAUUUCACACUUUUUUGUGUACUGGUUCUUAAUGAUGCUUUACUUCUUUCCUUUUAUAGAUGCGUGCUUAAGGAGGUUUGCCGAUUUUAGAAAUGUUUCCUUCAUUCUUCAUUUAAAUGUCACAUGAACUCUAAAUCAUUACCCUAACCCAAAAAUCUAAUAUGUUGGAUAGCAAUUUAGCGUUUCGUACAUUUCGCGAUAAUUUUAUGAAUUCAUUAAAUCAAUGACUAGUUUUAAAAGGCAGACAUUUUUAUGUCUAAAUCGGAUAUCAUGUGCCAAAAUCCAGACUGCAAACAUUGUGAAUUCUUCAAAUUAAAAUUUCUCAAAAUACAAUUAGAAAUUGAAAUGUAAAUGGGUACGACAAGCAAAUACAACAGCAACAAACACAUCUGAUUAUGUACGAAUAGUAGGGGUGGGGAAAAUUUGGGUUGCACAGUUCCUGGAAAGGUAAGCGACUCAAAGUGAAAUUUUCACUUCUUUAGCUUUUGUGAUGCAGUUGUGUACAGCGUGUGUGUGUGCCCGUGUGUAUAUAACACAUACAAAAUUGCAUCAUGUUAGGGGACAUUGCUUGCAAAAGUGUGGAUAUUGGGCAAAAGUGUAUAUAUACAUAAAUGUGUAUAUUGGGGAAAUGUGCACUACAAUGUUGAUGAUUAUUUUAUAAGGAAGUUUUUUUAUUGAAAAACCCCCCACAAAAAUUAGAAUGUGGGAAACCAAUGUCUGGAAAAUUUAAGAACUGGGAGGAACAAAAAUUUGUCCAUCUGUAGUGAAUAGUACAUAAAGGUAAAGGGUAAAGGGACCCCUGACCAUUAGGUCCAGUCGUGACCGACUCUGGGGUUGCGGCGCUUAUCUCGCUUUAUUGGCCGAGGGAGGCGGCGUACAGCUUCCGGGUCAUGUGGCCAGCAUGACUAAGCCGCUUCUGGCGAACCAGAGCAGCACACAGAAACGCCGUUUACCUUCCCGCCAGAGGGAAGUAUUUAUCUACUUGCACUUUGAUGUGCUUUCGAACUGCUAGGUUGGCAGGAGCAGGGACCGAGCAACGGGAGCUCACCCCGUUGCGGGGAUUCAAACCACCGACCUUCUGACCGGCUAGUCCUAGGCUCUGUGGUUUAACCCACAGCGCCACCCGCGUCCCAGGAAUAGUACGUACAUGGGUCCAAAAAACAUUUCAUCCUUACAACUAAGUUCUCAAUUGCUCUUUAUUUCCAUUUUACACAAGGAGAACCAAAGCUGAAAAAAUUUAACGUACCUUGUUUCUACCUGGGAAAUUGUCCCUCUGUUGUUUUUUCAACACUUGUCUCCCAGCCAAAAUCUUCCAGAUCUGUGCCUUAGCCUUCACAUUUCGAAUCCAUCAAAAUGGACCCCUUUUUUGUUCUCUGGAGUCUUGGAAAGACUUUUCAUUAUGCCAUACAUGCUACAAAGGACUACAGGAAGUAAAGUCACCUGCCAAAGAGGCUAAAAAAGGAGAGUCUAUUUUGUCUUAACAGAUGCUGCCGGUGAUUAAUUAGCUCCUUUCCAUAGCUGUCAAGUUAUGCAGUUUGACUCUAUGACACAUGACUUUGAACCUAUUCACCUGAGUAUAUAUGCACAGCUCUGCUGUUCAGUUGAUAUAUUCCUUUCUUUUUCAUUCUUGUGAGAGAGGGGAAAUGAAAUGAAUAUUUUCAUCAAGGUAAUGGCUUACAGUUCAUGGCUGGCUUGCAGAGGUUGCACACCUGACCUAUUUUCCAAUAAGACUAAAAGCAAAUCAGGUUCUUUAGUCCUUCAGCGCAUGACAAUCAUGCAAAAGAGUAUCAAAUCGAUAAUAGGAAUCUAAUAAUUUAAUUGACUGUAGGCAAAAUGAGAAAAUAAAAAUUUCCAGUUUCCUUUGUCAAAAUUUUGUGAGGACAGUUUAUGUUUCUACAGUAAAAAAUAAUAAAUCAAUAUUUUCCCCGACAAAUGUAUUGGGCAAAUCCUCAUUGGGGGAAAAAAUGAGACUAACAAAACAAGCAGCCAUCGUGGAGGUUGAUAAUGAAACCAGUCACACCUGUCAUAAAAAAAAUAUCAAUCUCCUUUUAUCACUAGCAUGAUUUAUUAUAUGUAAAACCCUACUAAGAUAUUUUCCCCAUUUAAUAGCCUUCAGUUUUCACUGAAUUUCCUCAAGGUGAAUUUCUGCUCAAGCUGACUCACCUUGAUUUGAUUUUUUUUUUUUUUUUAGGCCAGUGAUAUGCAGGACCUCACCCACAAAGUUUCAUUAGUUUGAUCAAACAUCUCCCCAAAAGUUUCUCUCAGUCAUUUAAAAUGAGGAAGAAUAUCUGUAUCUGCCUCAAAUUCAGAUGGAAGGAAAUGAAGUGGUAACUCCAGACAGAAAAAACGAAGUCUGCUCCACAAGCAAAUAGUGUAGUUUGGGCAUUUAUAUCAGCACAGAGUACAUACUAUGGAGAAGAAUUGCUAAGAGAAAUACUGCUUGACUCAUAAUACAGCAGAGAAUUACAACCCAGACAAAUUCAUAUAUUGAACCAGAUAUUAAUCAAAUGGUGUUGUGGCCAUCAAAUGAUAAACUUGCAUGUGUGAACCAGGCAUUAGUCAUUGGCAUUUCUAUUUCUGAAUUUUCAUGCAGCGCAGCAGCAUUGUGCAGAGAUGAUAUCUAGUGGGAGAGAUUUAGAAAAAGCAACCAAUAACUCAGUGGCAGAUGGAAGGCAGCAACUUCCAGGAAGUGACUCAGCUCAACAGCAGGGAAAACAGAAGAGACUCAGAGCAGAGGAAAUUAAGUAUGAAAUGAACCAAAUAAACCUUUGCUUCAUAUAGGGAUGCGUCAAUUCACCUCAAGGGGGCUCAACCCUUUUUUGUGCCUCAGACAAGGGUGCUCAAAGGACCAAUGAUUUGCUCCAAGACACCAUGCGCAAAAUGUUGAGGAAUCCUCAACUGCUGGCCACUGAGUUCUGCAGCUGCUGUCUCCGCGUCCCUCCCUCUCAAGGGAAAGCAUGGGUGUGCUGCCCUGGUGCCAAUUUCAGUAAGAAGCACAUUCAGCCAGGAGCUGGAACUGCUUCUGCUGCCUCCUCCUCCCUCGAGUAAGUUGAGAGGCUCCUUGCUCAGGUGAUAGCAACUGUGGAGGCACUGAGGGACGCUUGAAGUGCGGUUGACUAGGACUUGGACCAUAACACUCACCAAGCAUGACUAUAUUAGGUCCACAACUCCCUGCAAACUCCUUGAUAAAGUAGCUGUGAUGUCCCUAUCUCUCUAUAAUUCCUGAAUUAUUCUUGCAAUAGGAAUAGAGCAUCUGCGCCCUCUCAGGUGAAGAGAUUCUGACUGCCUUUUGCCUUUUUUGUUAGGCUGGAGCUGAGAGGCCUAGCUGUUCCGUUCUGUUCCGUUCUGUUCCGGAUCCUGGGAAGGAAUUUAGCAUUUAAAUUUCUAUCCCACUAGGAAUAUGUCCCACUGUUUCUAUGACACAGAUUAAUGACACUUUCAGAUAAUUACAGCUAAGCUAAGUUCCUUUUCUCUAGCACGCUUAGCAAAGGGUUCAUCAGAUGCUUCCUUAGUGGUGAGAGGAAUGAUAGAUUUGUAUUCCAUUAUUCAGACUCCCGGAAAACUUUUUAAAAAAUAAUAAUAAUAAUAAUAAAUAAAUCUUGAUUGAGCCUGCUCACCCCUCCUUCAAGAUUUCGCAGUAUCCGGCCAAUUCCCUGCCCCCCCCCAUCUCUGUAAGCGUUACAGAAGUUAGCUUACUGGUGCUCUGUGAUUUUACAUGCAAAUCUGCUUUAGCCAUGAACUUCCAGAUAGCAGUUUGCAAAGCUGUAAGAAAAGAUAAACAGUUUAUCCAGUUUAAUGAUAUUUAAUGCAGAUGUCACCACAAUGGUGGCUGGUUGGAUCUGUGUCAUUAGAAUCAAAAGAUAUGCAUGGAGGUUUUUUUUUUACUGCUCUCAUUACUGAUGCUAAGUCCAAAGAGUGUUGAUAUUACAUUGCUAAAGCAGAAACUAGAAAUGAAGACUGGGGUGGGGGGUGGAAUGAACAUUUCAGUUAGAACCUUAACAUAAACUAAAGGGAGGGAGGAACUAGCCCAGAGCCAAAGUUAACCUUUUGUCUUUUAGUCAUUCCAGUGUGGCAGCUACUGCUAUACAAAAAUCAUUUCUUUGGAUUUUCAAUGUACUUUUGAAAUCUAGGCCGUUGUAUUAGAGUACAAAGAAGGUAAUAAACAGCAGCUUUAUCUUUCUGUUUUUUACAAGAAGUAAAUGAAGUCCUUUGAAAUUAGACAUAUGAAAAGCAGCAUCAAAUACGUGCCUUUUGUGUUUAUGUAACCCAAGUCUUGAUGUAAUUUGCACAUGAGCAAUUGCCUGUACUUUCUCAAGGUCCUUCUAUUUUAGAAUGUUCAGUUUCUAGAGAUUUGAUAAAGCUGUUAAAAGAUGUCAAACAGCUUCUUAUGCAACUUGAAUGCUGGAAAGAUGAAUAAGAGGCAAACUGCAAAUUGCAUAAAGUUUGGGUUCAAACAGGGUGCGUUGGAGUCAAUCUGGUUGCGAUGUUCAGGACCUUUGCAAGACAUUUCUUUAAUCUGCUUGAAGUUCUUGUUUUUACUCCCCUCUAAGAUCCUCUGAAUUUAUUUUACUCUCCCCUCCCAUAAAUUCACCUCAAUAUUUUGAUUUAGGAAAAAUUCAUUGGCAAUGUCAGGAUGUUGCUCAAUUCAGAACCUGAGGAAACCUCUGUGAAAGUGGUCCUGAAAAACUAGAAGAAUCUGGCAUAGUUUCAAGGCUUCAUCUCAUGGAUGUCUCACCUACAGAUGUAAAAUUUCUGGAAAUGUUGAAGCCGGGAGGAAAAAAAGCUUUGGGUUUUUCCUGGUACCUUGGUUUACAACCAUAAUCCGUUCCGGAGGUCCGUUUGUAAACCAAAACAGGUUGUAACCCAAGGUUUCGCCAAUGGGGCCUCCAAAAAAAAUUUGUUCGUAAUCCCCCCAAAAUGGGUUGUAAUCCAAAAAAAGGGUGCAAACCGGGACAUGCACUUCCGGGUUUGAUGUGUUUGUAAUCCAAGACGUAUGCAAACCAAGGUACCACUGUAUAUGGAAAUUUUCAGGAAAAGGGGGUGGGGUGCAAUCCUUUUUUAAAAGUGUUCUUCACACAUCAAAAAUAACUUUGUUGCUUUUAAAACAUAAAACACAUUCUGUAAAACUUGGUUUGCUUUACAGUUAUCAUGUCUGGUAUAUUAAAAGUCCAGUUUAUUCUAUGCCAAACAAAGUGUGGAACUUUGGAAGCAACUUAGAAGGGGGUAUUUUAAAGGUCUAACACCCUAUAUUUCCAUACUUUGCUGCAUGUUUUGUGAUUUUAAAUCUCCGCUGGGGCUCUCUCUAGGCAACCAGGGAAUUCUCCUUUUAUUAUAGCUAGCAUUGAUACUUUUAACCAAAUAACAAUUACAAAAACCAACAACAGCAAACAAUGGGGUGUGUCUUAGUUUUUGAUCAGCUGACUUCCACUGGUGCUGGGUGGCAUUCUUUGCUGAUUCCUCCUUUCCUCUGCAGCUUCCUGCGCUCUCUUAAAAACUGCUCUGGAUGUGGUGCAGGAAGAGUGGGGGGCUGCAAGAAGACAGGGGAGUUGGCAGAAAUCACCACCCUGACCCCUUCCUUCUUGAGAUGACUGUUGGAUCCUAGUUCCCUGCAUAAAUGGAAGUAGCCCUACCAUUUGCUCAAGAGGAUGGCUGGACCCCAUCAGCUGGUUAUUCAAACCAGGUAAGAGAAGAAGAAGAAGAAGAAGAGUUUGGAUUUGAUAUCCCGCCUUUCACUCCCUUUAAGGAGUCUCAAAGCGGCUGACAUUCUCCUUUCCCUUUCUCCCCCACAACAAACACUCUGUGAGGUGAGUGGGGCUAAGAGACUUCAGAGAAGUGUGACUGGCCCAAGGUCACCCAGCAGCUGCAUGUGGAGGAGCGGAGACGCGAACCCGGUUCACCAGAUUACGAGUCUACCGCUCUUAACCACUACACCACACUGGCUCUGAAGAAGUGUAUGUGUCUGCAGCAUGACCCCGGUCUUUCAAACCAUGAUUUGGGGAACUGGAGAUGUCACAUUCAUGGGAAUUAAAUGUUUUGGUUUAGUUGGGUCACUAUGAGCUAUUGGCUAUGUGCACUUAUUUAUGAUAAACUUUUUGAAAAGUUAUUCCACCCAAAACUUAUUAGGAGUUGUUACCCCAAAAGUCUGCAAAAAAAAAAAAA